UUCUGUAUUUGUUUAAUCUGUAUACCAGGUCCCCGUUUAUUGGAAAUUAAGCGUUAUUCAGCUGCUGCUCAGCUGUUCCUUGCUGGUGACCAAAUUAAGGAGGCUAUUGAUGCUUUCAUCAUGGGUCAGGAAUGGGGUAAAGCAAAGAAAGUUGCAAGAGAACUAGAUCCUCGAUAUGAAUCCUAUGUUGAUUCAGCAUACAAAGACUUCUUGAAGAAUGAAGGAAAAGCUGAGGCUCUAGCUGAUGUAGACUUGGCCGGUGCCUUAGAAAUGUAUGUUGAGGCUGGGCAAUGGUCCCGGGCCCUGGAAACUGCUGCUUCCCAUGGCCCAGAGCUUCUACAUAAAUAUCUUGCAAAGUAUGCAACGAGUCUCAUCAAGGUAGGAUAAAGCUGAGGAAUAAAC